AACUCAUUUCUCUUUGCCCAAAACCCUAACCCUACUAACUUCCCUCCAUCUUUCCCGAUCACAGCAAUGGCAGCCGCCGCCCGCCCUCUCGUCACCGUCCAAACACUCGAAUCCGACAUGGCCACCGACAACUCCACCCUUCCUCUCCCGGCCGUCAUGACGACCUCAAUCCGUCCCGACAUCGUCAACUUCGUCCACUCAAAUAUCUCAAAAAAUGCCCGACAACCUUACGCUGUGUCCCGAAAAGCCGGCCACCAAACCUCCGCAGAAUCAUGGGGUACUGGCCGUGCUGUCUCUCGUAUCCCCCGUGUCGCCGGAGGCGGUACCCACCGUGCCGGCCAAGGUGCGUUUGGAAACAUGUGUAGAGGUGGUCGUAUGUUUGCACCCACCAGAAUUUGGCGACGGUGGCAUAGAAAAAUCAACGUGAAUCAAAAGCGAUACGCCGUCGUUUCAGCUAUUGCCGCUUCUGCUGUUCCUUCUCUCGUGAUGGCACGUGGCCAUAAAAUUGAAGAAGUUCCUGAACUUCCGUUAGUUGUUAGUGAUUCUGCUGAAGGUGUGGAAAAAACCCGGAUGGCAAUUGAUGUUUUGAAACGAAUUGGAGCAUACCCAGAUGCUGAAAAGGCGAAAAAUUCGGUUGGGAUCCGACCCGGAAAAGGGAAAAUGAGAAAUAGAAGGUAUAUUUCUAGAAAAGGUCCAUUAAUUGUUUAUGGAACAGAAGGAGCAAAAUUAGUGAAAGCAUUUAGGAAUAUUCCUGGUGUGGAAAUAGCAAAUGUGGAAAGGUUGAAUUUGUUGAAAUUAGCACCUGGUGGGCAUUUGGGUAGGUUUGUAAUUUGGACGAAAUCGGCUUUCGAAAAGUUGGAUUCGAUAUACGGGUCGUAUGAGAGGAAGAGUGAGAAGAAGAAAGGGUAUGUGUUGCCAAGGGCUAAAAUGGAGAAUGCUGAUUUAGCUAGGAUUAUUAAUUCGGAUGAGGUGCAGAGUGUCGUGAAACCGAUUAAGAAGGAGGUUAAACGGGCUCCGAUGAAGAAGAAUCCUUUGAAGAAUUUGAAUACAAUGUUGAGGUUGAAUCCGUAUGCUAAGACGGCUAAACGGAUGGCUGUUCUUGCUGAGGAACAAAGGAAGAAAGCUAAGCAAGAGAAGCUUGAUAGCAAGAGGAAGCCCAUUUCUAAGGAGGAAGCUACCAAAAUCAAGGCCGCUAGCAAGUCAUGGUACAAAACGAUGAUUUCUGACAGUGAUUAUGCUGAAUUUGAUGUUUUCACCAAGUGGCUUGGGGUUUCGCAGUAAUCAUUCUACUCUUUAAUACAAUUCUAAGUUUCAUAUGUUGGUUAGUCUUUGAGAUAAUAGUUUACAAACGCCUUGAGCUGUUAUUUUACCAAGUAGUUUCGGAUUUUAUGGGGUUAAUUUGGCAAGUAGUUUCCUUAUGACUGGUUUCAGCUGUGAUUGGAUAUAAAUCUAUAUUAUUUUGAUAUAUUUUUUUUUUA